AUGAUACCUACAACUACGGGAACACAUAUUCAACCUGUAUAUCUACCACAUCCUCAACAACCAUCUAUAGGUUUAUCUGGUCUAUCUCGAACGGAUCAUUGGAAAAUUGAACGUGUAAUAAUAGUAGCUAUGCUUGCUAUCAUCCCAGGUUCAUUUGUAUUCGAUUCAAUACUUAUGAAUUAUUUCCUAGCAGCAUCACUCGCCAUCCAUGCUCAUUGGGGCAUGGAUACAGUCUUAAUCGAUUAUUGUCCACGAAAAGCAUUACGUUUAGCAAAUGCUAUUCGAUAUUUACUUACUGUUCUGUCAUUCCUUGGACUAUGUUAUUUGAAUUGUAAUCAUAUGGCUUUAACAAAAGCAUUGAAGGCACUUUGGUCGAUUAUCUAUUAA